AUCUCCGCUACGGGCUGGGUGCGCGUGCGCGGAGGCGAGCAGAACGAGGGCUGCCGGGCCGCGCCGACCGGACCUGUGGUCCUGGGUCGUUCCGUUGUCGGCGGCUUCCUGAUCGGAAAAGUUGAGCAAGUUAUAGCCGAAUCCGCACGGUGGCGGGUGAGGGGUCCUGCUGGACGAGGCCCCGGUAGGGUAGUGAUUCCAGUAGCACGGAGGGUCCCAGAAACGCUAGGAGGGGCUCAAGUCCUUUCUGGCCCCCAGCUGCAGUCCAUGCUGCCCCGGCCAUGCAUGUGAAGUGGCUGCCCCAUGCCCGCCCUCUGCUGGGGAUCUGCACCCUCAUCUGUUUGGCCACUGCUGCCCUCCUGGGCCACAUCCUGCUCCAUGAUUUCCUAGUGGUCCCUCAAGAGCUGAACAGCUUCUCCCCUGGUCUGGGGGAGACUCACCGAGCUGCCCAACAGGGAGCCAGAUGGCCAGGUUCCCGGCAAGCCCAGGGGCCUCCAGGCAGUCCUGCAGCAGCACCCCCACAGUGCGACGUGCCCCCCAACAGCCGCUUCGACUGUGCCCCAGACAAAGCCAUCACCCAGGAGAAGUGUAAUGCCCGCGGCUGCUGCUACAUCCCCACAAAGCAGAACCCACAGGGCACCCGGAUGGGGCAGCCCUGGUGCUUCUUCCCGUCCAACUACCCCAGUUACAAGCUGGAGAACCUGAGCUCCUCUGAGAUGGGCUACACAGCCACCCUGACCCGCUCCAGCCCCACUUUCUUCCCAAAGGACGUGCUAACCUUGCGGCUGGACGUGAGGAUGGAGACAGAAAGCCGCCUCCACUUCACGAUCAAAGAUCCUGCCAAGAGGCGCUACGAGGUGCCCUUGGCGACCCCACGUGUCCACAGCCAAGUGCCAUCCCGGAUCUACAGCAUAGAGUUCUCAGAGGAGCCCUUUGGGAUUGUCGUACGCAGGAAGCUGGAUGGACGGGUGCUGCUGAACACCACUGUGGCACCCCUGUUCUUUGCUGACCAGUUCCUGCAGCUCUCUACCUCCCUGCCUUCCCAGUACCUGACAGGCCUGGCUGAGCGGCUGGGGCCCCUGAUGCUCAGCCCCAACUGGGCCAUGAUCACGCUCUGGAACCGAGACAUUGCCCCCAAGCUUGGCGCGAACCUCUAUGGGUCCCACCCUUUCUACCUGGCACUGGAGGAUGGCGGGUUGGCACACGGGGUGUUUCUCCUGAACAGCAACGCCAUGGAUGUGGUCCUGCAGCCGAGCCCAGCCCUCAGUUGGAGAUCAACAGGCGGGAUCCUGGACGUCUACGUCUUCCUGGGCCCAGACCCCAAGAGCGUGGUGCGGCAGUACCUGGACGUAGUGGGGUACCCAUUCAUGCCACCGUACUGGGGCCUGGGUUUCCACCUCUGCCGCUGGGGCUACUCCUCCACCGCCAUCACCCGCCAGGUGGUGGCCAACAUGACCCGGGCCCACUUCCCCUUGGACGUCCAGUGGAAUGACCUGGACUACAUGGAUGCCGGGAGGGACUUCACCUACAACAAGGACACCUUCAGAGACUUCCCGGCCAUGGUGCAUGAGCUGCACCAGGGCGGCCAGCACUACGUGAUGAUUGUGGAUCCUGGCAUCAGCAGCUCAGGCCCCCCCGGGAGCUAUAGACCCUAUGAUGAGGGUCUGCGGAGAGGGGUUUUCAUCACCAAUGCAACUGGACAGCCACUGAUCGGAAAGGUGUGGCCUGGAUUCACUGCCUUCCCUGACUUCACCAACCCUGAGACUCUGGACUGGUGGCAGGACAUGGUAGCAGAGUUCCACGCCCAGGUGCCCUUUGACGGCAUGUGGAUUGACAUGAAUGAACCUUCCAACUUCGUGAGGGGCUCUGUGGAUGGCUGUCCUGUCAAUGAACUGGAAAGCCCGCCCUAUGUGCCAGGCGUGAUUGGUGGGAGCCUCCAUGAUGCCACCAUGUGUGCUUCCAGCCACCAGUUCCUGUCUACACACUACAACCUUCACAACCUCUAUGGUCUAACGGAAGCCAUUGCCUCUCACAGGGCCCUAGUGGAGACUCGAGGGACACGCCCCUUUAUAAUAUCCCGCUCAACCUUUGCUGGCCAUGGCCAGUACGCCGGCCACUGGACAGGGGACGUGUCGAGCACCUGGGAGGACCUUUCGUCCUCAGUGUCAGAAAUCCUGCUGUUUAACCUGCUGGGGGUACCCCUGGUCGGGGCUGACAUCUGUGGCUUCAUGGGCAACACAUCAGAGGAGCUGUGUGUGCGCUGGACCCAGCUGGGCGCCUUCUACCCCUUCAUGCGCAACCAUAACAACCUGUACAACAUGCCCCAGGAGCCCUAUAGGUUCAGCGAGCCGGCCCAGCAGGCCAUGAGGAAGGCCUUCGCUCUGCGCUACGCGCUGCUACCCUACCUCUACACUUUGUUCUACAAGGCCCAUGUCAAUGGGGAGACUGUGGCCCGACCCCUCUUCCUGGAGUUCCCUGAGGACCUCCACACCUGGACUGUGGACCGCCAGCUCCUGUGGGGGGAGGCUCUUCUCAUCACCCCAGUGCUCGAGGCUGGGAAGACUGAAGUGACAGGCUACUUCCCCUCGGGCACAUGGUACGACUUGCAGACGGUGCCAGUACAGGCCUUUGGCAGCCUGCCCCCAUCACCUCCAGUAUCCCUCAGGCCAUCCAUCCAUAGCCAGGGGCAGUGGGUGACACUGCCGGCCCCACUGGACACCAUCAACCUCCACCUCCGGGCAGGGUACAUCAUUCCCCUGCAGGGCCCUGGCCUUACAACCAGAGAGUCCCGCAAGCAGCCUGUGACCCUGGUCACAGCCCUGACCAACAGUGGGGAAGCCCAAGGGGAGCUGUUCUGGGAUGAUGGGGAGAGCCUGGGGGUGCUGGAGCGUGGGGCCUACACGCUGGUCACCUUCCAGGCCAAGAAUAAUACAAUCACGAAUGAGCUGGUGCACGUGAGCACAGAGGGGGCUGGCCUGCAGCUGCAGAAGGUGACGGUCCUGGGGGUGGCCACGGCCCCUCAGCAGGUCCUCUCCAAUGGCGUCCCUGUGUCCAACUUUACCUACAGCCCCAACACUGAGAUUCUGGAUGUCCCUGUCUCGCUGUCCAUGGGGGAGCAGUUUCUCAUCAGUUGGUCCUAGCAGGGUGACCCUUACGGGGGAGGCUGAUUUCCUCAUGAGGCAGAGCCGAGCAUUCAUGGCACCUGUGUAUCUCCCUUGGGUCCCCUGAACCUCCUGGGGUUGGGGCUCUGGUCUCCUGACAUAUCUUUGAAAUGUUCUCUCCAAUCCCAUGGCUGCCUAGUGCCCUCAGGGGGUGCUCUCUUGCCUCCCCCAGCCUGUCACUGGCAGGUGUCCCUGGCACCAGAGAUGCCAAGAUGGGGAGUGUUGCCUCUGCACCCAGGGUCAUGCCACGGCCUGCUGUGGCACAAAGCAAGGAUGGUGCUCUGUGGGCCCCCACAGCUCCCCUGGGAAAGCUGCCCACUAAGCCAACCAGAGUGAGCCUUGAGAAUUCACAGGCUUGAGACUUUCUUGAUCUGAAGUGCAGUUACAUCCAGUAAAGGGGCAUUCGGAAUGA